CUCGAGCUGAGGAUGGAGUCGUAAAUGAAAAUAACGUGGAGCGGAGUGGCGGGAUUGUCAAUUUAUUCCGUUAUUUGAGCGCUGUGCAUACCGAGAGAUGAGUAAAUCAAAAGACGCUGUGGCCAACAGUCUUAUUCUGAAGUAUAUGAAUGACCAAAACCGGCCGUACAGCACCCAAGAUGUAUUCAGUAACCUGCAGAGGGAACAUGGACUUGGCAAAACUGCUGUUGUUAAAGCAAUGGAGCUACUUGCCCAGCAAGGAAAAAUCAAGGAGAAGGUUUAUGGCAAGCAGAAAAUCUACUUUGCUGAUCAGGACCAGUUCCCAAAUGUGAGUGACGCAGAGCUCAAGAGUCUGGAUGACCAGAUCUCAGAAGUGUCCAGUAAAGUGCAGAGUGUCCAGCAGGGGUGCCGUCAGCUGGAGACAGAGCUGAAAGAUCUGAACAGCUCCAUGACCACUGAGGAGAUGGUAAAAGAAAUCAAAGAAUUAAAGCAGGAAUGUAGUAGGCAUCAGGAAAAGCUGCAGAAGAUUAAAUCGGCAACUAAUCAUGUCACCCCUGAGGAAAAAGAGAAGGUGUAUAGCGAACGGAAGCAAUACAGUAAAGAAUGGAGAAAGCGGAAACGCAUGGCUACAGAUAUUUUCGAUGCCAUCCUUGAAGGAUACCCCAAAAGCAAGAAACAAUUCUUUGAAGAAGUCGGGAUUGAAACAGAUGAAGAUCACAAUGUAACUGUACCUGAUAUCUGAUCAUCGGCAUAGAACCAGAGACAAAGCUUUAAUUUGUAUAUAGGGGACACUGUGGGAGUAAUGUAUGAGCUUUCAGAGUUGUAAAGUAUUUGGGGGGGAAAAAGCUGGCAGAGGGCACUAUAUACACUUCUGCUGAAUUAAGCUGCAUAUAAUGUUAGAACAAGAUGAUAUAGCA